AACCCAAAUGUAAGUGUAUUUCAGAGAAAAUUUGUGAAUGAAGUAAAGAAGUGUGAAGAAAUGGAAAGAAUACUUGGAUAUUUAGUACAAGAAAUUAAAAAAGCGGAUAUUCCACUUCCUGAAGGAGAUGUUGCUCCUCCUGCCCCCUUGCUGAAACACAUUUUAGAAAUCCAGGAACAGUUGCAGAAGCUGGAGACAGAAUUGAGGGAAGUAACUAAAAACAAAGAAAAGUUGAGAAAAAACCUGCUUGAACUGACAGAAUACACGUGCAUGUUAGAGGUCACGCAAAGAUUUGUCAGGAGAACAGCUGAGUACGAAUCCCAUUUACAUGCAAAUUAUGAAGAAUUUCCAUCUGUGGAAAGUGAGCCAUUAGUGGAUUACAACUGUAUGCACAGACUGGGUGCCAAGCUGGGCUUCAUAUCUGGCUUAGUUAACAUAGCAAAAGUUGAAGCAUUUGAAAAAAUGCUGUGGAGAGUCUGUAAAGGAUAUACUAUUCUUACGUACGCAGAGUUGGAUGAAUGCCUGGAAGAUCCAGAUACAGGCGAAACCACAAAAUGGUUUGUUUUUUUAGUGUCCUACUGGGGUGAACAAAUUGGCCAGAAAGUCAAGAAGAUUUGUGACUGCUAUCACUGUCAUGUGUAUCCCUAUCCAAAUACCACGGAGGAGCGCAAGGCAGUUGUUGAGGGACUAAAUGUUCGUAUUCAGGAUCUUCAUACUGUGCUGCAUAAAACUGAGGAUUAUUUACGCCAAGUCUUGUGUAAAGCAUCUGAAUCCAUCUAUACAUGGGUUAUCCAAGUGAAGAAGAUGAAAGCCAUUUAUCAUGUACUCAACCUGUGCAGUUUUGAUGUCACAAAUAAAUGUUUAAUUGCUGAGGUUUGGUGUCCAGUGGCUGAUCUGCAGAAUUUGCGCCAUGCCUUGGAGGAAGGUUCAAGGAAGAGUGGAGCUACAAUUUCUUCAUUCAUGAAUACCAUCCCAACAACACAACCUCCUCCAACUUUGAUACGUACCAAUAAAUUCACCUCAGGGUUCCAGAACAUCGUUGAUGCUUAUGGAGUUGGAAACUAUGGGGAAGUUAAUCCAGCUCUCUAUACCAUCAUCACUUUUCCCUUCUUGUUUGCGGUUAUGUUUGGAGACUUCGGGCACGGUCUACUAAUGUUCAUAUUUGCACUCCUGACAAUACUGUAUGAAAAACACCCUAGAUUACAAAGGUCACAAGAUGAGAUAAUGAAAAUGUUAUUUGAAGGCCGAUAUGUUAUUUUAUUAAUGGGUCUCUUUUCUGUAUACACUGGAUUGAUCUAUAAUGACUGUUUUUCAAAGUCAUUGAAUAUAUUUGGUUCUGGAUGGAAUGUUUCAGCAAUGUUUGAACAGAAGGUUUGGCGUCCUGAGGAUCUGAAGUCUAACCAAUUUUUGACACUGGAUCCAAAUGUUACUGGUGUAUACAAUGGAGCUUAUCCCUUUGGAAUUGAUCCGAUCUGGAAUUUGGCAAGCAAUCGUCUCAGUUUUUUAAAUUCUUUCAAAAUGAAAAUGUCUGUGAUUUUUGGAGUAACUCACAUGACCUUUGGAGUUGUAUUGGGGGUAUUUAACCACUUGCAUUUCAAGAAGAAGUAUAAUAUUUAUUUGGUUUUUCUUCCUGAACUUUUAUUCAUGAUGUGCAUUUUUGGCUACCUUGUGUUUAUGAUCUUCUUUAAAUGGUUAGCAUACUCUGCAGAGGACUCUACAUCUGCUCCUAGUAUUCUGAUUCAAUUUAUUAACAUGUUCCUGUUUCCUGGUGGUGAAACAGAGGUCUUCUACACCGGACAGGUUGCUCUGCAGAGGUUUUUACUUAGUAUUGCUUUCCUCUCUGUUCCUGUAAUGCUUUUUGGUAAACCACUUUAUUUAUAUUGGUUGCACAGUGGAGGCCGAGGCAUUAGAAUGUACAGGAGUGGCUACAAGCUAAUUCGAAAAGAAAGUGAAGAAGAACUUUCCCUGCUGAGAUGUCAUGAUGUAGAAGAAGGAAGCAGUCAUUCAGACAGUGGGCACAGAGAGGGCGAUGCAGAGGAGUUUAAUUUUGCAGAUGUUUUUAUGAAUCAAGCAAUUCAUACCAUUGAAUACUGUCUAGGAUGUAUUUCUAAUACAGCCUCGUAUCUGAGACUCUGGGCAUUAAGUCUUGCUCAUGCACAGUUAUCGGAAGUUCUAUGGCAAAUGGUGAUGAGAGUGGGUCUUCGUGUGGAUGCAACAUAUGGUGUCUUACUGCUAGUCCCAGUUCUAGCCUUUUUUGCUGUGCUAACAGUUUUUAUUCUUUUGGUCAUGGAAGGGCUCUCUGCUUUUCUCCAUGCUAUACGACUUCACUGGGUGGAAUUUCAGAACAAAUUCUACUCUGGUGGAGGAUACAAGUUUACGCCUUUCUCUUUUAAGCACAUUUCUUUACAUUUUAAUAAAGAUGACGCGGCAUAGUUUGGUUGCUGUCAGCAGAAAUGUUUGGAAUUGUCUGCAAAAAUCAUGUGAUUGGAUCUCACCUAUGAAUGGUUUCUUGUAGGACAAAGUGUUUUUCACUGAUUGCCUUACAAUGCAGCCAAAUAAUUCUAAUACAUACCUCCCAUAGAAAUACAUAGCAGAUCUGGAGCAUCUUGUAAAGUAUAUUGAUAUAAAAUGUACAUUUUUCUUGAUAAACUAAUGUUGUAAAUUAAUUUUAUUCUUAAAAAAAA